AUGGAAGCUGUGCAAAAGACCAUUGACCAAGAAUUAUUAGAAACUCCCGAUCUUUCUCAUUUGAAUGCCUCUGAUUAUGACCAUGUGUAUGAGCCACGAGAGGACUCCUUUUUGUUUUUGGAUGCCCUUGAGAAAGACAUAAAUUUGAUUCGUCUUGUCAAACCUAGUCUAUGUCUUGAAGUUGGAAGUGGAUCUGGUGUAAUAUCCACAGCAAUUGCACGCCUACUUGGCUCAUCAAGCUAUACAAUCGCAACUGACUUAAAUCCUUUUGCAUGUCAAGUCACACAUCAAACUGCUGAGGCAAAUAAAUGUCACGUUUCAUGCAUUCAGAUGGACUUGGAUUCUAUGCUCAGAAUGAACAAUUCCAUUGACUUGCUGCUUUUCAAUCCUCCCUACGUAGUAACUACUUCAGAAGAAUUAAAGCAGCCUGGAGUGGAUGGUUCUUUCCUGCAUCUUGCUUGGGCUGGAGGUGUAAGAGGUAGGGAAGUGACCGAUCGGCUCCUAAAUCACAUUGACCAGUUGUUGUCUCAUAAAUCCUUGUUUUACCUCGUUGUUAUCAAAGAAAAUGAUCCGGACGAAAUUUCAAAGGCUAUGGCCCUUCAGGGAUUCAAGGGGGAAAUAAUAGCAAGCAGAAAAGUGAGAAAUGAGAUGUUGUCUGUCAUGAGAUUUCAGCGAGGAUAGUCAGCCAGCUACAUUCCAGAUAUUAUUAAUGGCUUUUAUAUUUUCUUUGAAAAGGUCGUGUUGGGAAAACCUGUCAAGCAACUAUGAAAAUUAUUCUUACGGUUACUAUCCUGGGCAACCAAAUUAUGUACCCUAACAAAGUUAUAAUUUCAAAUAAAUUUUGUACAAACAUUA